AUGCGCGCAAGCUCUCUCUCUCUCGCUCUCUCUCCCUCCUCGCGCGCUCACACUUUGCGCGCCAAAAUCCUGUCAGUGUCGAGUCUGCGUGCUCACGGAAUGCUCACAUCUCACGCGCCGACAGUGGAAACGCCACCAUAUUCUCUCUCUCUCUCUCUCUCUCUCUGUCUGACAGAACCGAGCUGUUGACAGGAAUUCCUCUGACAGACUGAAAUCAUAUUGCGCCAGUAUAAAUUCAUCCUAAACCAUGGAUCCAGUAAACUGCUCCUCAACGGAUACUGGGAUCAGUGGCAGUAAAAUCGCCCUCUGCCUGAUGCUUUCCAUCCUUGCUGUGGCCGCCACAGUCAUCAAUUCCCUGGUGAUAACAGCCAUUCUGGUCACUCGCAAGCUCCAUCAGCCAGCUAAUUAUUUGAUUUGCUCGUUGGCCGUCACUGAUCUCCUGGUGGCUGCACUGGUAAUGCCAAUCAGCAUCGUCUACAUAGUGGAAGAUACAUGGGUGCUGGGGCCAGCCAUGUGCCACCUGUGGCUAGGUGUGGACGUUACUUGCUGCACCUGCUCAAUCCUGCACCUGGCCGCCAUCGCCCACGACCGCUACCGUGCCAUCACAGAUGCUGUAGCAUACUCACAAAAACGCACAUCUCGGAGAGCAGCUGUGACCAUAGUAGUGGUCUGGCUGCUUUCUGUACUUGUCUCGCUCCCCCCUUUGAUAUGGAGGAAGAUGCCUACACAAAACAAACAACAAAUCACAGAGUGCAUUAUGGAGCACGACUAUGUCGCAUUUACAGUCUACUCAACCUUGGGUGCCUUUUACAUCCCGCUCAUCCUCAUACUGGUGCUCUACUACAAGAUCUACCAGGCGGCACAGACACUGCGCAACCGGCGAGACAACAGCCGGCUAGUGAAACAGACAGUCAAGAGCGUCACCAUGAGUUCAGACAGGGAUGCUCCACAACUCAGUCCAGACACACACAGCCCCACCGAGAAGUCUUUUUCAGAGCCGUCAACAGAUGGAGAGCGCGUCAGGACCACUCCCUCUAUGAGUAGGGCGUUCAAGAGCCGAAGGAAUCCUGCUGCCAGGGAGAGGCGAGCAGCCUUCACUCUUGGCCUCAUUCUCGGGGCCUUUGUGAUCUGCUGGCUGCCUUUCUUUCUCAAAGAGGUCAUUGUGAACAUAUGCCACUCUUGCAAUACCUCACCUCUGGUUGCAAACUUCCUUACCUGGUUGGGCUAUCUGAAUUCCCUCAUCAACCCACUUAUAUACACCAUCUUCAACGAGGACUUUAAAAAAGCCUUUCAGAAGCUCAUCCCCCUGUGUUGUACCCAGUACAGGUAAACUCCGCAAUUUUGUCUGUCAAAGGAUGCUUUGGAGAAAUGAGAUCCCAUUACAGCAGGAAGUGUUUAUAAAGGCUAAUGGAGACUGUUGAGGAGAAGACAUGGAAAAACAUACCAGUAGAUGGACUGCUUUUUAAUUCAAAGCAGCACAAGUCUUUCAAGGCACUUUGACCAAAAGACAGUUGCAGCUUCAACAGUACACCAAUGGCUAAAGUUAAUGACUUCCACAAGUAUUGAGUAGACUUGCUCAUUUUUGAGAACACUUUCCUUUGGAGCUUUUUAUAAAAAAAAAAAAAAAAAAAAAAAAAAAAAGAUUAAGUCUCAAUUUCAGCCUCAACUCCUAUCCCCUCUCACCAAGCAGGUUUAUGAAUUUGACAUGGUUAUGACUUGACAUUCUGCCUCCAGCUGUUCAUUUUCCAAAAGGUAUUUGGAACAUACAGGCAGGCUCACAUUCAAACAUAUUGGGAAUGAAUGUUACAUGUACAUGGCAUUUCCAAUUUUUUCCUUUGUAAGUCAAGGAAGAAAAAAAAAGUGUCAGUAGUAUCAGUUUACCAUUUCUGCCAGACUCUCCAAAUGUCUAAUGCAAACUACAACUCAUUUUUCAUUCUGCAGCUUGUAUGUGUAUUUAUAUUAAAAACCACCCCCUGUACAUUGCUUACCAUUUCUUUUUGGUUUUGUAAAGAGCAGGGCAGAGGUUAUCUGCUGUUGUAUUCCAAAUCCCUUUAUUUUGCAUUAUUAGUUUCCCCUUUUCAAUAUCAUUUGAGGAAAUGACUCAAAAAGCAAUAUACCAGGACCCUGUCUGCAUCAGGAUGCAGAGUUUCACCCACUUAAAGGGUAGGUGGUGCUUCAGGACAUCUGAACACAACACCACCAUCUACUGGAUAAAAUGAGUCAUUCAUGGCCAUGACUCCAUGGAACAAGAGGUUUUAUUUGCAGAAAUUUAAAAAAAAAAAAAAAAAAAAAACACUAAAUUAAAAUAAAGAUCAGAUCAGAGAGGAGCAUGAACUCAAACAUAAGCUGAACGUGCUCCACUGCUUUGAGAAGCUGGUUUAUAGUGGCCCACUUGCUUUCUGAUACUCCUGGGCCAAGAGGUGCACAGAAGCCCUCCACCGAUCACCAUGAGCAGAGCAGCCCCCCAACAGAUAAAGAUGGAUGCCCCCAGCUCCCUCUUUUGUGACUGCACCACCAAUGGAUUGUGGAAGUUAGCGAUCAUGGAAUUUGCCAUCCAACUGGGCGGUACAAGACUCAGAAUACCUGCAAUGAGAAAGAAAACCCCAGCUGCUGUAGCUGCCCUGACCUUGGCAGUUCUUUGGAUCAAACAAUUUGUACACUCGCCCCCAGCUACACUAGCAAGUAUGGCCACCAGUGCGACCAUCAAAGCAAUGAUGAGAAUAGCCCGAGAGGCCUUAAGGUCUGAAGACAGAGCCAGCAUGGAGUCAUAAACCUUGCACUGCAUUUGACCAGUGCUCUGCACCACACAGGUCAUCCACAAACCCUCCCAGACAACUUGCGCAGUCACGAUGUUGCUGCCAAUGAAAGCAGUUACACGCCAUAGUGGGAGACCACAGGCCAGGAUGGUUCCCAACCAGCCCAGAACCCCCAGUGGGAUACCAAGCAUCUGUAGCCCUGCAGACAUGGCCCCUUUUGGGCAAAGAUGGAUUCAACCUGGAACAGAAGGGCACACGAGAAUGAUGUGAAUAAGUUAAUGUCAAACUAGGCGUUCCUUACAAAUGGAAACAUGAGCCAAGGGCUAUUGCACCAGGCCACUAGAUAUUGCACUUCAGAAGGAUUAGACAGGUCAGAUUUAGAUACAAAACAUAAUGGGAAGGAUUGGUGAGCUUCUGCCAAAUGACUUGGGCUGUAUUAAAUGUUUGCACUUUCUUGAUCAUGACUUGGAUUUUUUUUUUUUGGGGGGGAAAUCCUAGCUCAAUUCCUCAGCUGUACCAGCAUUCAACAAAUAAAAGCUUGUUUUUAAAUGGC